CUGCUUAUAUAUUGAGAGAGCACGGUCCAUUCAACAUCACUUCACCGAUGCAAGAAUAUAGGAUAGAAGGAAGAAGACUGAUACUUUUUUUGUUAUAGGAGGCACCAUCAAGGCCGUUACUUCACGGACGUACUUACUGCGAAUACGAUUUCUAUUGUAGAUCUGAGUUCACACAAGCAAAAAUGAAGCUGUUGUUGGCUGUGAUGCUGGUCGCCGGCUCCGUGUGGGCCGAUGACGACGACAAGAGGGAGAGUGUCGGGACCGUGGUUGGAAUCGACUUGGGGACCACCUACUCAUGUGUUGGAGUGUUCAAGAACGGCCGUGUAGAGAUCAUCGCCAAUGACCAGGGUAAUCGUAUCACCCCGUCAUAUGUGGCCUUCACCGCCGAGGGCGAGCGUCUGAUUGGUGAUGCUGCAAAGAACCAGCUGACCUCUAACCCCGAGAACACCGUCUUUGAUGCCAAGCGAUUGAUUGGGCGUACUUGGGGAGACUCUGCUGUGCAGCAGGACCUGAAGUACUUUCCCUUCAAGGUUACUGAGAAGAAGAGCAAGCCUCAUAUUCAGGUUGACAUCGGUGGUGGACAGCUGAAGACCUUUGCUCCGGAGGAGAUCUCCGCCAUGGUGUUGACGAAGAUGAAGGAGACAGCUGAGGCUUAUCUGGGCAAGAAGGUCACACACGCCGUGGUUACUGUCCCUGCCUACUUCAAUGAUGCUCAGCGCCAGGCCACUAAGGAUGCUGGAACCAUCGCUGGGCUGAAUGUUAUGAGAAUCAUCAAUGAGCCAACUGCUGCCGCCAUUGCUUAUGGUCUGGACAAGAGGGAUGGCGAGAAGAACAUUCUGGUGUUUGACCUUGGUGGCGGCACUUUCGACGUCUCCCUUUUGACCAUCGACAACGGUGUGUUUGAGGUCGUGGCCACCAAUGGCGACACCCAUCUGGGAGGCGAGGACUUCGACCAGCGUGUCAUGGAGCACUUCAUCAAGCUGUACAAGAAGAAGACCGGGAAAGAUGUGCGCAAAGACAACCGUGCAGUGCAGAAGCUGCGUCGCGAAGUUGAGAAGGCAAAGAGGGGGCUCUCUGCUCAGCACCAGGCCCGCAUCGAGAUUGAGUCCUUUUUCGAGGGAGAAGACUUCUCAGAGACCCUGACCCGUGCCAAGUUUGAAGAGCUAAACAUGGACCUGUUCCGUUCCACCAUGAAGCCUGUACAGAAAGUUCUGGAUGACUCCGACUUGAAAAAAUCUGACAUUGAUGAGAUUGUCCUGGUUGGAGGCUCCACCCGAAUCCCUAAAAUCCAACAGCUGGUGAAGGAGUUGUUCAAUGGCAAAGAGCCCUCCAGGGGCAUCAACCCUGAUGAGGCCGUGGCAUACGGAGCUGCUGUGCAGGCUGGAGUGCUUUCUGGAGAAGAGGACACUGGCGAUCUGGUUCUUCUCGAUGUGUGCCCGCUGACCCUUGGUAUUGAGACAGUUGGAGGUGUAAUGACCAAGCUGAUCCCCAGGAACACUGUGGUGCCCACAAAGAAAUCUCAGAUCUUCUCCACAGCCUCUGAUAACCAGCCCACUGUCACCAUUAAAGUUUAUGAAGGUGAACGCCCACUGACCAAAGACAACCAUCUGCUGGGCACCUUCGACCUGACCGGCAUCCCCCCCGCCCCUCGUGGCGUGCCCCAGAUUGAGGUCACCUUUGAAAUCGACGUCAACGGCAUCCUGCGUGUCACAGCAGAGGACAAAGGCACGGGCAACAAGAACAAGAUCACAAUCACAAACGACCAGAACCGCCUGACGCCGGAGGACAUCGAGCGCAUGGUGAACGACGCCGAGCGCUUCGCUGACGACGACAAGAAGCUGAAGGAGAGGAUCGACGCCCGCAACGAGCUGGAAAGCUACGCCUACUCACUGAAGAACCAGAUCGGUGACAAGGAGAAGCUCGGUGGCAAGCUGUCGGACGAGGACAAGGAAACCAUCGAGAAGGCGGUGGAGGAGAAGAUCGAGUGGAUGGAGUCCCACCAGGAAGCUGAGCUGGAAGACUUCCAGGCCAAGAAGAAGGAGCUGGAAGAGGUGGUUCAGCCCAUCAUCAGCAAGCUUUAUGGCAGUGCGGGUGCCCCUCCACCUGAGGGUGCUGAAGGUGAACCAGAGGAGAAGGAUGAGUUGUAGGAAGAUUUAAAUCCUGUUGAUCCUUGCCUCUCUGGUAAUUGCGUCUAGGUGUAUAUAUUGGACUGAUGGGACUCAAAUAGUGAGAGGAAUGGUUGGGGAGGGGUGGAGAUGACAAGCGACCACACUGAAUCUUCUGAAAGACUUAAAAAUAAGUUCUGUGUGAGGGAGGUGUUCUCUUCGCUGGAAGGUGGAGAUAUUCGUCAGCCCGGAUACGAGGCUUGCUGCUGCUGUUCUGAGGCAGUCCUGAUGGGGGAGGGAGGGA